CCUGCAGUGGCGCCUUACACCAUAACCUACUUCCAUGCUCGAGGGCGCUGCGAGGCCAUGCGCAUGCUGCUGGCCGACCAGGGCCAGAGCUGGAAGGAGGAGGUGGUCACCCUGGACACCUGGCUGCAGGGCUCUCUCAAGGCCUCGUGUCUGUACGGACAACUCCCCAAGUUCCAGGACGGAGACCUGACCCUGUACCAGUCCAAUGCCAUCCUGCGCCACCUGGGCCGCUCCCUAGGGCUGUACGGGAAGGACCAGCGGGAGGCCGCCCUGGUGGACGUGGUGAACGAGGGCGUGGAGGACCUCCGCCGCAAGUACUGCACCCUCAUCUACACCAACUACGAGGCGGGCAAGGAGGACUAUGUGAAGGAGCUGCCGGGGCAACUGAAGCCUUUUGAGACCCUGCUCUCCCAGAAUCAGGGGGGCCAGGCCUUUAUUGUGGGCAACCAGAUCUCCUUCACUGACUACAACCUGCUGGACCUGCUGCUGAACCACCAGGUCCUGGCCCCCGGCUGCCUGGACGCCUUCCCCCUGCUCUCCUCCUACGUGGCUCGCCUCAGCUCCCGGCCCAAGCUCAAGGCCUUCCUGGCCUCCCCCGAGCAUGUGAACCGCCCCAUCAAUGGCAAUGGGAAACAGUGAGGGCCCGUGGCCCCCUCAGCAGGAGGCAGGGGCUGCUGCCUCCCCUCCCCCAGGACCAAUAAAGUUUCUAAGACAAAA